GGGACCGCGGGGACCCCCAGCACCCGAGAGCGACGAGAAUGAUCCGCCAGAAGUCGGAGCGUGACUCGUCCUCGGAACUGCGGGGGGAACUGGAGAAGGAUUUCGGCUCAGGGUGUGAAUCGGGCACGAAGAUGGGAGCGGGUGUGCGGACCGAUUCGGGGACUGCUGCCUCAGUGGCCAUCAAUGACGAUCCGGGAGCCAACUUGUUCCCACCGCCGUUGCCCCAGCCUGGGAUCUGCAUGUGGAAGUACCUGGACGUCCAUGCAAUGCACCAACUCGAAAAGACCACCAAUACCGAGGAGAUGAGGGAAGUGCUGGCCGAGCUGAUGGGGCUGAGCUGUCCUGAGCAGAAUCUCCGUGAGGCCAUCACCCUGGACCUCUUCUCCCAUGCCCUCAUCUUCUGCCGCCAGCAAGGCUUCUCCAUGGAGCAGACGUCCACGGCUUGUGCCCUGCUCCAAGAUCUCCACAAGGCCUGUGUUGCAACCCCCUUGGGCAACGUGGAGGAGUGCUACCGCUACUUCACCAGUGUGCUCUUUUGCCACGGAGUCAGGCGGCCUCCCUUCAGCGUCAACAUUUUUAAUGAGGAGCAGCUGCUGGCCCUGUUGGACUACGUGGUCAACACCUACUUCCGCCACUUCAAGCUCUACAAAUAUGUUUUCACGCCCCAGGUGCGGCUGGACCUAUCCUUGGCUUAUGUGGGGCUCCAGCUGCCCAUGCCCUCGCCAGCAGAGACCGGAAGUGAAGAGGAAAAGGCCGAGGAGCUGGAGCCGGCCCCUCAGGAGCAGGAGCCAGGGCCGCUGGCCCAGCCGGAGGAGGAGCCGAGCCAGGUCUCCCUCCUUCGAGCCUUCAUCAACACCCAGCUGAGCAAGGAGCUAGGGCAGCUGCGGCAGAUGGUGGAGCAGCGGCUCCUGGCCAGCGAGGAGCGACUCCGCGGCAAGCUGGCCACGCUGGAGCGGCCUUCCCAACUGCCCCUGGGCAGAGGCAAGCCCAAGGCCAAGUGACCUCCAGUUCCCCCCCCUCCCACCCAAUAAAGGCCUGGGCCUUGCCCACCCUGCCCCUCCUGAGCUUCUCUGCCCAAGGCAGACACCAAACACAUGGCACUCACUCUCCCUGGCACGGAGCAGACUUUAUUUCCUGUGGAGGAUGGGCAGCACUGGCAAGGUCAGGCGUGACAGCCCGGUGCUCCCUGCCCCUCUUCCAGCUGUCUCAGUCCUGGUGAGCGCCGUAGGUAUACAGUAGGUCUUUAUGAUAACGGCAUGGUCAGUGGUAGGCCUAGCCAGGCAUGAGGGCUGGAGCCCAGGGCCCACAGGGGCUGGACUGCGGCAAGUCCUCGUGGGGAGUUCGGCACCCCGAGGUCCUAGCCCAAUGCCAGCAGCCCCUCAUCCUCCAGGACAGCCGCCGAGACCCCUUCCUCUUCCGGCCCCGAGAGGUGGGACGGCCCAGGGGGGCGGUGCUGGAAGAGGGCUGCCCGGUUCUGCUGCUCCCCCUUCUUCACCCAGUGCCCAUAGAGCCGGAAGGCGCAGCUGUCGAUGAGGCGCCGGACUGGGCGCAGGGCAUACGGAUCCCUCAACAGGGCACUCUUGGUCAGGGGCCGGAUGCGGUGGGCACUUAAGGCCACUCGCCCAGCAGCCAGCACUGUCCACACUGCCACCUGAGAAGGGGGCGUGCAUGUGAGGUGUGAGCGUUGGUGUAGACGCCAACUCCAGGAGGCUCAGGGCAGUGAGACCAGCCCUGCCGGGGGCUGGAAGAAGCUCGCAGGCUUACCCGGAAGCGCUGGCGGGGGCUGAGGGUCCAGGGCUGGCUGCCUUCACAGCGCUCAAAGAAGGGGUGGCGCAGAGCCUGCUCGGCCGUCAGCCGGACCUCCGGAUCCACCUGCAGCAGCCUUGCGAUCUAGGGGCAGGGCCAGCACUCAGUGGGCGGCUCCUGGCCCUCCCCUCUCGCCCUCUCCUGGCCCCAGCUCACCAGGUCUUUGACCGUGCGGGAACGGUCGUCCCACUCGGGCGAAGUGAACUGGUAGCGGCCCUCCAUGAUCAUCCGCAGCAUCAGGAUCUGGCGCCGGUGCCAGAACGGUGGUGAGCCGGCCAGGAGUGUGAACAAGAUGACCCCACAGGCCCAGCUGGGGACAAAACCAGCGUCAGGCAGGGCAGAGGGGGAAGUGGAGACCCAAUAUGUUGAAAGGCUGCACACGGGGAAGGGCGACAGGGACCAGACUCACAGGUCGACUUCCCUGCCAUAGCCUGGGUGGGUUUCAUCCAUCGAGCAUUUGAGGAUCUCUGGAGCUAGAUACCCUGGGGUCCCACACAACUCUGGAGAGAGAGAAGAUUGAGCUGAAAUUACUAAACCCAUCAACCCAUGAAACAAUAAAUGAACGAAAAUCUA